GCAAAUAGCCAUUCUAAAAGAAAUUGUUGAAGUGUUGUGAAAAUCCACUGAAAAUCAAUUUAGAAUUAAAGUUGGCAGCCCACUGAAAUAAUUGAGACUUGAACUUGGCAGGUGGCCCACUCUAUCCGCUGCACUUUGCUGCACCUUUUUUUUUAAAAAUUGAAAUCCUUGGCUUGCGUCCUGCGGUGAUGAACAAUCGCAGGUGGACAGAUAAGCGGAAAACAAGCUGGACCAGCGACUGGCAGGCGGGAGACCGACGGACCGACGGGAAUUUGGGAGACCGACGGGAAUUCGGACGGUUCAAUUGGAUUCCCGAUCAGGACGACGAACAGGAACAGUACCCGCAAUUGGAUUUCCCAAUUUUGGACGGCCUUUGGACGGAUGAAUUGAGCGGCGAUCCAAACAAACUGUAAUUCCAGAAACUGACAGGACGGACGGUUGAAUCAGCAUAGGGCUCCGAUACCAUGUUGAAUUUUGGAAUUGAAAUUGUUGCUUUAUUCAUUGAUGCAAAGACAUAUAUAAAUACACACGGGAGAUAGAAACGAGGAG